AUCCACACAAAUGUCCGCAGACUUCUGGGCCGGCUACCUGAGCGGUGCGGCCGGCAUCCUCAUUGGCAAUCCCCUUGAUCUUGUCAAGACCCGCCUUCAAGCUGGCCCAACUGCCGCUUCCUCACCCGCAGCCGCCGCCCCUGGUCAGGGCUGGCGCAAUGCGGGGACCUAUGUUAGAGGCAUCCCGGCGCCCGUCCUCGGUUACGGCGCCCUCAACGCCAUCCUCUUCGUGACGUACAACCGCACGCUCAAGCUGCUCCACGAGCCAGACCCAAGCUCUCCCAGCACUCCUCUCGGCAAAGUCUUCGUCGCUGGCGCCGUCGGCGGCUUCGCUUCGUUCGUCGUCUCAGCCCCUACCGAGCUCGUCAAGUGCCGCGCCCAGGUCUACGCCCACGCUCCCUCGUCAUGGACCGUUGCCCGCGAUACCUGGCGCGCCGAGGGCCUGCCAGGGUUCUAUCAUGGUGGCGUUGUCACUGGUAUUAGGGAUGCUGUGGGCUAUGCGUUUUACUUCUGGAGCUACGAGCUCACCAAGCGCGCCAUAACCUCCCCCGACGAUACGGAGCACCAGGCCGCUCUGAAAGUGUUGUUAUGCGGUGGCCUUGCCGGCAUCGCGACUUGGGCCUCUGUCUUCCCCCUCGACGUGAUCAAAACAAGAGUCCAAACCCAGGAAUAUCAGGCGGGUGCCGUUAGCGCUGCCGUCGGAGAGCAACAGGCCUUGCUGCGGGCUUCUGUCGGCGGAGGUGCAAUUUCCUUGGACGGCACGCACAGGCAGAUGGGUGCUUGGGACAUCACCCGUCGUGCUUACCGUACUGAGGGCUUGUCCGUGUUCUUUAGAGGUCUUGGAAUAUGCAGUGUGCGGGCAUUUAUUGUCAAUGCUGUGCAAUGGGCCGUAUAUGAAUGGAUGAUGGGGUUGAUGCAGAGAAGCUAA